CUUUUGAACUUUGCUUAUUUUACUACUCCUAAUUGUAAUUGUAGAAAAGCAAUUUAAUAAAUUUUUCUGACUUUUGCCCUUUGCUUACUAUAUAUGUUACGUUUACUCGUAAACCAAACCAUAACGAGUACUACAUACCUACUUCGUCAAGUCAGUCCAAUGUUUCCAUAAGAUACCACCAAUUUAUUUCAGUAUAAAUUGAAUGGGACAUUCAUUUGGCUCUAGUUGCCACACAGAAUCAUGGAACUGAUUAACACUUGCAUUCUUGGACUAUUCACUUUCCUCCUCCUUGCUUUCUACAACUACAUCUUUCUGAGAUCAAAACCACAUAACAAAAACCAGCAACCGCCGCCGCUAGCCGGCGGUGCAUGGCCGGUAAUCGGCCACCUCCACCUCUUAGGAGGUCCACAGGCGCCCCAUAUAACCUUAGCAAACUUGGCCGACAAAUAUGGCCCGAUAUUCACAGUGAAACUCGGUCAUUACAAAGCCAUCAUCGUGAGCAGAUGGGAUAUAGCUAAGGAAUGUUUCACGACCCAUGACUUGCAAAUCCUGACCCGGCCCGACUCGUUGGUGGCCGAUCUCAUGAGCUACGAUUUCGCCAUGUUCGGUUUCUCCCCUUACGGUCCGUACUGGCGGGAGAUUCGCAAACUCAUCGCCGUCGAAUUGCUCUCCCCGCGCCGGCUCGAGCUGCUCAAAACUAACCGGGUUUCUGAAGUUGAGAUGUCGUCGAAAGAGCUGUACGAGUUCUGGAGGAGUCGCAAGUCGAAAUCAUCACCUGACCACAAAGUUGUGGUUGACAUGAAAGAGUGGUUGGGGAACCACUCCUUAAACACCGUCCUCAGAAUGAUUGCUGGACAACGUUACUUCGUUAGUAUUGCUGAUCACGGGGACAAAGAAAGAGAAGAAGCAACAAGGGUUCAGAGGGUUCUGAGAGAAUUCCUUCAUUUUGUUGGGCUUUUUCUGCCAGCUGAUUCUUUCCCAAUCUUGAAACAUUUCGAUUUCGGAGGAUUACAAAAGAAGAUGAAAGCAAUCAGUGCAGAAGUGGACAAUCUAGUUGGGGAAUGGUUGAAAGAACACCGCCAAAACAGGAAGUCCAGGCAAGUCUCCGCUGAUCAUGACUUCAUUGACGUGAUGAUCUCCAUGUUGGAAGAAGCCCAAAUCGAUGCAGAUUAUGAUCCUGACACCAUAAUCAAAUCCACUUGCAUAAAUUUAAUAGCUGGUGGAAGCGACUCAACUACGGUUACCCUAACUUGGGCGGUAGCUCGUGUGAUGAAAAAUCCACAAAUCUUGGAAAAGGUCAAAGCAGAAGUCGACUUCCACGUCGGGAAAGACCGGCGAGUGACGGACGCUGACAUCCCGAAGUUGGUCUACCUUCAGGCCGUCGUCAAAGAAACUUUGCGACUCUAUCCGGCUGGACCACUGGGUGGACCAAGAGAAUUGGCCCAAGACGCCAACAUCGGAGGAUAUCAUGUCCCCAAAGGAACCAGAGUGAUCGUCAACUUGUGGAAAAUGCAUCGGGAUCCGGAUGUGUGGGUCGAUGACCCGACGGAGUUUAAGCCCGAGAGAUUCCUCACGACCCACAAGGAUUUUGAUGUGAAGGGUCGGAAUUUCGAGCUGAUUCCGUUUAGUGCUGGUAGGAGGAAUUGCCCCGGUGCGAAUUUGGCUCUACAGAUGGUGCACCUGAUCCUUGGAAAUCUCUUCCACGCUUUCGACCUCGAGAUUCCGAAUGGCCGGAAAAUUGACCUGAAAGAGAGCGCCGGCGUUACGAACCACCUUGUUGGCCCGCUGGAACUCGUCCUCGUUCCACGCCUCCCAGCAAAUCUUUAUUGAUUGAUUAAUUUAAGAUAUUGCCACCUGCAUGGAAAAUGAUUAAGAGAAUAAUAGCUUAUGGGUCUAUUUAAGAAGUUUGAACCUUCAGUUGUUGCUAAGAGCAUCACAACGAUUUACAGAAACGUUAAUAUUAAUAAUAUUAAAAUUUUCAAUGUUAUAUUUUUAUUUAAAUUUUCAAUACAUUUGUUUACACGUAAAAGUAUAAUAAUAAAAUAAUUUUAAUACAAUCGUAAAUUCAGAUUAAUUAUAUUUUAACCCCAAAAAAUAUAUUAUAUGAUGUAAAAAUUCUUAGACUGUAUAUAUAAUAUUAUUACACUGUAACAUAAUAAUAAAUAGUAUAAUAGAGUAAUUAUUUACUAAUUAUAUACUACCAUUGUGAAUGCUACAACCAUAAUUAGAAAUGCACCA